CCCAUUUCUUUCUCCCUCUAGGGUUCUUGGGGCGGGGUGUGUGUGUGUGCUUGGCCCUGGAUGAGCCAUCCAGGGGCCCUUCUCCAGAGGAAGGCAGGGUUGGGACAAGCAGGCAAGGACGGGACGAAAAAACACGUUCAUGGAGUGGCUUUAAAUGCGGAAAAGGUGUUUGGGCCUCUUUGGGGAAGCGUCUCAAAAUGAUCCGAGAUUACCAGGAUCUUUCCGUGACUUUUGAUGCAGAGAAUGAGGACGACAUACCCAGGAAGAAAGACCCUCCAAAGCUUCCCCGAAGCCAAACCUGGGGUCGACGUAUCUUCCCCAGCCGACGUCUGGUUCUAAUCCUGCUGGGACUCAUCCUCAUCCUCACCCUCACGGUGAUUGUGUUUGGUGUCAAAGGCCGUCUUUACAACUCUCAGUUGCAGGACGUCCACAAGACUCUGGGGAGUCUCAAUCAAACAAGGAAGCAGAUCACGCUUCUUCAGGAUAAAGAGACCGGUGCCGAGGGAAGACUCCAGGAGGUAGAGGGAAAAGUGAAGCAACUGACGGAGGAGGCAAAUGGAGCCACUGCACACCUCCUAAACCAGAUGAAGGAGCUGCGGAAGAGUCACCUAGCUCUGAACUGCGACUUUCAGGAUUUUAAAUUCAACCGAACAGAUCGAGCGGAAGCUUGUUGUCCAAACGGUUGGGAUGCAUUUCGGAAAAGCUGCUACUGGGAGUCCAGGGUGGGGAAGCCGUGGCACGAAGCCAAAGCCGAGUGCGAGAUGCAAGACGCCCACCUGGUGAUCAUCAACUCCUUUGAGGAACAACAAUUCGUGGCGGUGCGUGUGAGGCCUCAGUAUAUGUGGAUUGGUUUGUCGGACUCCAGCGGCAGCUGGAAGUGGGUGGACGGGUCGCCCUACACUGUUGAGGAACGGGACUGGUGCCCCGAACAGCCGGACAACUGGUACGGCCACAGCCUCGGUGGCGGGGAAGACUGUGCCCACCUUCACCGCGACGGCUGCUGGAACGAUGAUCACUGCACACGAGACUACGGCUGGGUCUGCGAAAUGGAGAUGAACAAUUAAGGGGGGCAGGCGACCAGUCCGGCUGUCCCUGGCCGCGGAUCCACCAGGUCCUGGUUUGGACUGUGUGCUGGCCAGGUUCCCCUCGUUCCCAAGCUCUUCCUGCCUGUCCUGAGAACCGGCAUGUCAGAUUGUGUGACUGCUGGCCUUCCACGUCCUCCCAAAACAUUUGGGGCACUGGGGCACUGUUGGCACCCUGGCCACACAGCCGCGUCAGCCUCCUCAUGUUUCCUCCAUUGCUUGCUUUCUCGCCCAACGGUGGCUCGUUCUGCCUUUCCCCCUGCCUCCUCCCGUACUGUCCCCUCUUUCGGCUUCCCUGGCAGCCCCCCCCUUAAUCUCAGCAGCCUGUUUUCCUGCACCCCAUGACCCUCUGAGCCGUUUUUUUCUGAACCUUUCACUUAACUAACUGAAGCUGCCCAUUUCGUUAAUAACCUAAAGCCGACAGUAGGGGGGAUCUGCAAGCUGGGAGGGGACAAAAAAGUCAAAAUGGUGGGAUUGAAGCCCUGCCCCUUUUUAAUGUUUCUCAUGCUACCCUUCCCCCACCCACCCAACACCACUGGCUGACAGUUUCCCUAAAGGAGGGAGAAGACAUGUGGCAUUUCAUCUCACUGGGGCAAAAUUUGCAUAGCAGAGAUCAAAAAUGGGGUCUGUUUUCUAGCAUUUAAUAUACCAAAGCUGAUGGUACAGGCCUUACCAAUUACAGGUAGUUCUCACUUAACAACCACAACUGGGACUAAAAUUUCAGUUGCUAAGCAAAGCACUCAUUAAGAGAAUCUGACCCGAUUUUAUGACCUUUUUUCUGGCAGCUGUUAAGCGAAUCACAUGGUUCCCCGUUGAUUUUGCUUACCAGAAGCCAGCCAGGAAGGUUGAAACUGGUGAUCAUAUGACCAUGGGAUGCUGGGACAGUCAUAAAUGCAAACCAGUUGCCAAGCACCCAAAUUGUGAUCACAUGACUGCAGACGCUGUGACAGUCAUAAGUGUGAGGACUAGUCAUAAGUCAGUUUUUUCAGCACUGUCGUCAAUCUGAACCAUCACUAAACGAAUGGUUGUUAAGCGAGGACUACCUGUAACAGAUGAUUUAGGUCCUCAAUAUGCUUUAACUGAAAAUUUAGCUGAAGGGGACAAGUUUCAAAUGUUUGAAUUAAGCUUGGCCCCUUCCAUUGCUAAGAGAAAUCAUUUUGCUCAGCCAUAUGUUCUGGAUGUGUAUGCAUUAAAGGUUUCUGUGAUGCACAA